GGAUAUUGCUUUGUAUAAUUCUUCAUCCAAGUACCAAAAGCUACACCCCUGUGAGUUAGGACAAACGAUGAACUGGUGAAUGUGCAGAGGAGCAGGCCAGUGUCAUUCACAUUGUUAUAUUAAUGCUGAGAGAAGUGUGAACAUUGUUGUACGCAACCCAUUUGUUUGUUGAACUUGGCCAAAGUUUAGUGAUCAGAAACAGCAGCCAAGUGCCGUAUCAUGUAAGAUUAUUUGUCGGUAAAACAUUUAUCUAGACUCGACCAGCAUAGCAGGCAAUAUCAAUCUGCUGAACAGCAUGAGUGUCUAACUAGCGGCCCCUAAGAAAUUGACUGAUUUCCAUUUAAGAUAAAAUAUAUAUGUUAAAAUAUUUGUUGAAAUUUAUUGCUGAGCCCUCCUGGGAAAAAUUAGUUCCAGACCCCUUAAUAUAUAUUUUGUGGUCAGUGGCUUGUGCUUGAGUUGCCACCUCUGUAUAAACCAUGCUUUUACAGUGGUUUUAGUUUUGCUAUUCAUUUAAAGGGGACAUCAUACCACCAGGUGUCUAACGGCUUGUAAUGGCUAAUCAAACCUGUUGGUAUAGGUCCCCUUUGAAGGGAUUGGGCAAGAGCACCCAGGAACGAAAAUACACAGAAAUGUCCAAAAUGAAAUUAAUAAUCAUCUCAAACUCUGCUUAUUCAUUAUUCGAAGGCUUCAUAUCUGAGAAUUAUCUCUGAUUUGUAUAGUUUGCUUUAAAGAAGCGCAGUAGCCUCAUUCGGCUGCACUGUCGCUGUGAUGGGAGUGUUGGGUACCGGUGACUAAAUCCAUUGUAAUCUGAAAUGACUUCAGAUUGCAAUGAAUUUGUGGAUCAAUUGUCUGAUGCUUUAUGCACACCAUGAUUACAAUUACAGUGAAAUUGAACCCCCUGUUUCAGCUCGCCAUCAAUUACUAUGAGUUUUGGGAUGAGAGGCAUGGAAGGAUGGGGGCGUGUUAUCGCCAUGGUUACGAUUCAGGCCAACUUUGUUAUACUCUUCUCAGAAACAUCGUUGUGCAUCAGUGUUAUUUGGAGCGAUGUAUGAAAUGCAUCACAGACUGGCUUUACGCUAUAAGUUUCUGUGUCUCUCUCAGACAUGGAAAAUCAACUUCCCAAUAAAGGAUUUGGGUUCACUGUGAUAACAUAAUUAGAUGUAAUUUAAAGAUUUCCCAUCCUUCAGUUUAAGUAUACCAUUUAACUUUUUCAGGGGGUGGGGUAAACAAAACGUAAAUUAUAUUUUCAACCCCUCACAAACCAUGGCCUCGUUUCCACAUACGUAUGUUUUUCGUAUCCGUACUUCCGUAAAUUUACGGAAGGGGUCGCUAGUGCUUUACGUACGGACAUGAAUUUAUUUACGGACGGAAGAUAAUGGCCGUUUUUCGGAGACCGGUACUGUGGAAUAUGAGGAUCGACAUCUACCGCGAUAAGAACAAAACCAACCAGGCUUGGAAGGAGAUCGGUGAAGAGUUUGGCCUGCCAGAAAAAGACUGUAAAAAAAGGUGGCGCGACCUGAGGGAUCGAUAUGUGAGGGAGAGGAGGGAGGCAUCAGAAACCACAGCCAGUGGCAGCGCUGCGAGCAACAGGAGGCCCUGGUGCCAUGCUGGACUUAUGGCCUUUAUAGACCCCUUCGUGGCAUCCAGGAUGACGACCAGCAACAUGCCAGAGAGUUGUGGGAAUGGUGUGGAUGAGAGUGUGAAUGAGAGUGAGAUUGAGAGUGUGCAUGAGAGUGAACGGGAGGCCUUCUUGGCAGCUACCAACUCCAGCAUGGAAGAUUUUGUGAAUGUGACUGAGAAUGUGAUGAAUGAGACUGUGGCGAAUGAGAGUGUGGUGAAUGAGAGUGUGGUGAAUGUGCAAGUGAAUGCAGGUCGGGCUGCAGGUUCUGCUGUUGCUCCGGGCAGGAAGAGGAGGACUGGAAGGGCAGAGGCACCCAUGCCAGCCUUUGAGCGUAACCUGAUGCUCGCCCUGGAGAGAACAGCUGGCCCCAGUGUCCCUACUAUCCCGGUCGUGGAUGAGGACCACAAUUUCUUGCUCAGCCUCCUGCCAUCACUGCGGCGGCUGGAGCUUAGCAAGAAGGCAUUCUUGAAGCUACAGAUACAUCGCCUGAUGUAUGAGGCAGAGUUUCAAUGUAAGUGGGCAAUGGUUACAAUAUACCUGUUAAUUGUUAUUGCAAAUAUUUCCCUGACUUGAUCGACCUGUCGCUAUAACCUGGCUGUUCUGUCUUUUUGUCAUUUGGCUUUUUCAGAACAAACUCCUGUGACCUGGUGACUCCUGUUCUUUUAAUUUAAAAUGUUACAGUUCUAUUUUUUUAAAUUAAAUAAAAUCACUUGAUUGUUUAUA